AUGAAUAAGUCCAGCUAUGUUUACAUGCUUAUAGAGGCCGUGGUUUUCCUGGUGCCGGUGGGAACAUUGGUAUGGCGCAUGGCAAAACUGUCGGCCAAAGUAGAAAAGCACGAGGAAGAAAUUAACGACAUCAAGACGUCCGUAUCGGACAAAAUUGACGCAUUGACCAACAUGGGUUUCCAAGGAGAAGUAGAAAAAUUGGGUGCAAAUUCGUUUCCGCUAAACACUGACAUAGAAGUCGGCCAAUACAACGUUACGCAUGCCGGCGACAAGCUCGCUUUCUCUAAGAAAAACACUCUUGAAUACAAGGGAGUGCUGAGCAACUACAAGCAGCUUUCCGGCGACGGAAUACCUACUACAACAGGCAACUCAAUAUCUUGGGAAUACAGCAACGGCAUAACAACUUUCAAUGGUACUUUCAAGGUAGAAGGAACUAAAGCAGUAAAGAAAGUAACAAAGCUUGAAUGUCCUAUUUCAGGCAAUGUUACGGAUGCUUUCUACGCAGGAGGCAAGAGCUAUUUUACUUUGCUUGAAGACAGAGAAGCUACAUAUAUUGAAGUAACAGACGGCGAAAUUACCAACAGACUUGUAUAUAAAACCACAGACUCAGGCGUACUCGACGUGCAGGCUUUCCUAAUUGGAAGCACUUUCGUCUAUUCCUGGACCACAAGCUCUAGAACCAGCGUAAUGCUUUCCAGCGGCCCUGUAGUUACCAUCAACAACGCCGGCGUAUACACUCCUUAUGCGGCCAACAACGGAAAGAUCGUGAACGGAGUCAUGUAUGUCGGAAGAGACGAUGUAGACAGCAGAAAGGCAUGGCAUUACAAUUUAUCAGCCAGGACCACUAAAUACGGCUUCGGAAAGAUAGGCCGCACAAUGGUAACAGGUGAGCCGAUACCCAACAACUUGACUCCAACAGUAAUGCCUAACGGCGUUUUAAGAUGGGACUUGGGCGCUUCUAAGACUAUAGAAACAGAAUUGACAGACAGCGAAGCUAAGCUUAAGGGCAAAAGCACACCGACUGGCUUCUCUGAUACAUUUGGUAACUCAUUUAACAUCGCUGACCAUCCUAGAACAAAUAUUGUUUGGCUAUUAGGAUAUAAAAUAGACGGUACCCCAAUUACUCAUACUGCAGACGCAAUGGCUAAUGCAUUAACUAUGUCUUGCAUUGACCCUUCUACGUCGAUGGGAAACUUCUGGUCAACAACAUUGGCCGACGCUUAUGAAAAUGUUUUCCCAAUGAAAUUCGUUUAUACUAACCAAGUAAACAAUAAAGGCAAGGUAUACGACUGGGGCGAAGACUGGAGCAAGUGUUACUUUGAUACAAGAUAUAUUAAGAAAUAUUCGUCAGAAUUAACCGUAUUGGAAGCGCCUCUUGUUCUCAUUAAUAUUGUUAACGGCACAAAGACUGCUACAACUUUGGACGCUACGGGCCUUAAGGCUAUUCCUCACAGCACUUCUGCAUAUUACCCAUUUGAGUCUAGGGACGACAAUACGGUAAAGGCAGACGAGACAGUCUGGGGAACAGUAGAAGGCUUGACCGUAAGAAUACAUCCGGUAACAUCAGACAUAGCGACUUCUGCAUCUUGGACAGCUUGGGUGCAUACAAUUGGCGACGUAAACUCCGGCGACCAUAAUGUCAUUACUUCGCUGCCGUUUAAUGUGACGGCUGGAAAUAUAUCAGUUCAAUAUUUCAAUAAUAUCCCAAUGUCUGUGUCUUAUAACAAGGUGCUGCUCAAUACUGCAAGUACUGGAAUUGACAGGCUUAAGCUUGACGACAGCUUAAUUAUCAUUAACGACACAGCAAUUGAAAUUGGAACAAUUUCCAACAAGAAUGAUAUUAGGGUUGAAAAGAUAGCCGACUAUAAGUUUAAGACAAAUAUCUUGGCUGACAGAAACGCAUUUAAUGAAACAAGAGACGGAAAGCUUUCUCUAAUAAGAGCAUUUAUGCCGUACAAUAUGGAAUGCACAUUGCUUGAUAUGGCGCCGUACAGCUUGAAAAUGCCGUCUGACGGCGGAGCUUCAAAUGACGUAUUCUAUUUUGGCGCGGGCCAUAAUGUAAACCUAGAUGACAAAGAUAUAUCAACGUCUUAUCUUUUGCCUCCGGUUACGCUGACAAUGUUUGUCGAUACGAAUGACUUGGACUAUUUCAACAGCAACUUUAUCAGAGGCAGCUCGCCAAUUCUUUCUGCAUUAUUGGCAAAUACCUGCACUUUAGGCGAUGACGUAGACGUUUAUUAUACUCACUCAUUGGCAUCGACAGACAUAACAUACAAGGGAACGUUCAAGGUACCAGCUUUUGCUUCUACUGCUGAAUUACUAACUCGCGGCGUUGAAGACUUCGACAGCGAGAAAGACAGCACGUCUUGGUGGAUAGACACCGCCACUACGAUAUUCCCUAUGGGCAUAGCGACAGAGAUAAAGGGAAAGAACUAUAUCAGCUCUACAUUGGAGCUUGACGGCAAUUACUCUUGUAGGCUUUACAACAGCAACAACACUUCUUUCCUGGCAAUUGGUAUUGCCAACCAGCAGUAUUACGGAUCUCAGGUAUUUACUAUCUCAACUUCCAGUUACUACUACGACGGACAGGCUAUUUAUUACGUAGGCAACUUGCUGCAGCAGACGGCAAAUGAGUUCGUGUGCUAUGCUAUAGGCAUGGACUUCCUUGCUAACAGCGGUACAGAAGCGUAUUUCUACAACCCGCUUGACAAGAGCAUCUGGAAAUUUACUGGAUCUAACACAUUGUCCAUGUACAAGAACUGCGCAAUGAUGGGAAAAAUUAUUGAUGCUGCAUUCUGUUCUUCUAACCAGACAUUAUAUGUUCUGUUCGAAGACGGCUUAUUUGUUAUGAACGACACGACAUCCGCCUUAUUCCCUUACGAUAACGGCGCUGAGCUGUAUGUAACAAAUGACGGAUGCGCUGUAAUUGAAAACGGACACUGGUCUAUCAACCAUCCUUAUAAGGGCGUUGAUACGCCGUUCGAAAUAGAGUCGGAAUACUUUGGAGACGACACAUCGCUGUUCAAGUUCAAUUAUCUGGAUCUGCUUUUGUAUUCUGAAAACAAGGCGCCUUCAGAGCUUACUGUUAAGCUUAAGACAUUGAACCAGGCUGCAAUAAAGGACGAAAAGAAAGUCGUUCACAUAGCAAAAAAUGACUGGAAAGAACAAUGCUACAGGCUUCGCUUUACUCCGAAAGAAUUGAUAGGCUGUGCUUUCUCAUUCUCAGUUUAUUCUGACAAAAAAGUAUCAAUAUCUUAUAUCGGCGUGUCUUAUGACAAGGUAUCCGAUACAGUGGGAGUGAAAUAA